CCUUUGUUAUAUGGUGAUAUAUAAUGUUGAAUAAUAUAAGUAGUAUUGUAUAAUCAACCAAAAAAAAAGAAUGCGGAAUUUUCGUAGAAGUGACAGUGAUUGUUUUGUUGUUGUUGUUGUCUUUUUGACAAACAUGAUGACUGACUAAUCAUUUUUAAUUAUUAUUCUUUUCAUCUAGUUAUCAUCACAGUUGAUAAGGACAUUCAUAAAUGGAAUUAUGUUAACAUCGAGUUGUACUCAUGGGAACUUUUUAUCAAUUUUAUUAUUUGUAGUAUUGAUGAUAAAGUUAUAUGGAAUUAUUUCAAUUGACGCUGAAAUUCAAAUACAACAACGCGUUUAUGCAUCAAAUUAUAAUAAUAAUAGUGGAAAUUUUUCCCAUCCCCAUGUUGACAAUCAAAAUCGCAAUUUAGCACAGAACACAUCAUUCCUUUUCGGGGAUAAGGCAUCACAACCGCCUAUUGAACGAUGGCAUUUUCAUAUAGAAACGUUAAUCACCCUAUUCCUUGCCUUGUUUUCAUUUGGUGCAAAUGCUGGCUUACUGUUUCUGGAUAGACGGGCUAAACCGUAUGGGACAAUGAAUAAUUCUAGUUUUUCAAAUAAUUUCAUGACAAAUACCAAUAAUAAUAGUAAUAAUAACAAUAACAUCAGUACUAAUAAUUUAAGUAAUAGUAAUAAUAAUAAUAAUCCUAGUUUUCCAUGCUCAGCGGUUGGUUUCACCUCGAAAAAAUGGCAUAACAAUAAUAAUAAUAAACGUAAUUCAUCUCGUGGACUUAAUCUUUUCAUCUAUCACCAAGCCACAAAUGCACCAACACCUCAAGAAACUCUACGAUCCUAUUCUUUAUCAAGUCCAAUCAAUAAAUAUCCUUCAUCGAUUAGUUUAAUCAAAUUGAAUCAUUCCACGGGUAUAUUUCAUCAUGGUUCAACACAAUAUCAUACACCACGGAGUCGAAGACAACGUCGAUAUCUAAGAGGAUUACUUGGCCUGUCAAUAAGUAAUCUUAGUUUAUCACUUAGUUUAAUUAGUUGGUGUUCUUGUCAACUUAUUCUGCAUAAUAUUAGUAAUACAAGAAAUACAGCAAAAGCAUGGUUAACAAUUAUUGCAUUUAUUAAUUUAUGGACAAUUGAUAUUGCCCAGUCAUUGGAGACUGGUGCUAUCCUAUGGAUUGCUCUUGAGAGGACAUUAGGGAUACACUGGCCAAGUGAAACACACGGUAUGAAUAAUACUAAUACUAGUACUAAUAACAAUACAAAUAGUACAACAACUCAAAGUUUACCAAGAUUUAGUGAAAAAUACACUAGAAAUGAUGUUAAAUGGCGUAGAACACAACUAACUGUUCGGAUGAAGGUAUCAUUGACGAGAUCACUGAAAAAGAUGAAGGACAACCUGAAUCAAGCGGUUUUAAAUCUUUUCUGUCUAAAUCGGUGUCUUUCAUCGAAUUACUUCUCUUGUUGUACCUCUCUGAUGACAAAUUCCUCCGCAUUGAUAGCUAAAAAACGUAAUAAGAAGAGAUUUUCGUGUUUUAUACAUAUAUUUUUAUGCUUCCUACCAUUGGUGCUAUUUCUUAUAGCUUCAGUGUAUAGUUUAAGUAAUAUUAUUUAUCAUACUAAGAAGCGUAGAUUACAUAAUCAUGCAUUUAUUGCACUAUCUCCGUCUAAUUCUGCACCGGAUCAAUACAGUAAUCAUAAUAAUCCUAUAAAUUUUAUCUCUGAUAUUCAAACUACUUAUAAUGGCAGCAGUGUAAGUAGUAUAUACCAGAAUGAUCAAAAUACUACAACCACUACUACUUAUAAUAAUAAUAAUAAUAAUUUAACACAACACUUCAAUCCACUUGUUAUCUAUGAUUAUUUCUAUACUUAUUAUUAUAAUAGUGUCUUAUGGAAACAGCUACCAUAUUAUUCAAUGCAUAUAAAGCAUCAAAUACACGCGUAUUAUACAAGUUCUAUUAUAUCCGCAUUAGUGAUUGGUCAAUUUUUGGCUCCGCUGGCAAUACUAGUGACAACAAAUUUACUGAUUUAUCAAAAAGUGGCAUCCAGAGAUAAACAUUUCUUCUCAAGACAAUCAAGUAACACAAGUAAAUCAUCCUUUAUUUCUGGUGUUUCUGUAUCCUCAAUGAAUUCUGCAAAUUCUACACGAAAAUUAACAACGGCUACAAUCAAUUUUCCAAUACCAAUGUUACGUGUUUUAGAGAGUAGUAAUCAAGACAUUCAUACAGAUGUUGUUGAAGAGAAUCCUUCAACUGGUGAAUACUACACCAGUCCUUCAAAAUCCCCUGAAGAGUCUUCACAGCAACAACAACAACAGCAACCGAAUAAACAGCAUAGUCUUUUAGUUCCACUCCUUGAUAUCCGUGAGAAAAGCUAUCCCUUCCCAGCAUCAAAUACACCAGAAAUGAUGAUAAUGAGAAAGAAUGAGUCAUUAUUCUGUGCUAAUGAUGACAGGAAGUACUUGUUGAAUGAACGUCGGAAGAGUACUUCAGUCAUUCAACCGGCAAUAUCUUACACAGAGCUAUAUGAUAAUCCUUGUGAAAAAUCAAUAUCUCCUAAAUCAUCAGCGGUGGAGGCGGCGGCGGCAGGAGAGACAACUGCCUCAUCAGCCUAUCGAUACAGUGAAUCCAGUAUUAAAUUAUCCACUUUAUACGCCCUACAGAAACGUCGUAAAAGUACCAAUGAUUUAUUUAGCUCACUAUUUCAAUCAUCCCGAGGACAAGAACAAAAUAAUCGUACAGCAGGAGGAGGAGGCGGGGGAGAAGAACCUAUCCUGCUACAAAUGUUAAGACGACAGCAUAGAAGAACAUUACGUAUAUUGAUUAUUCUGCUGUUGGUAUUUGUUCUCUGCCGUGCACCAAGAUCUAUUGUGCUGAUGAUUGAAUGGUUAAGGCAUACAUGUCUGGAGAAGCAUGAAACACAUUUAAGCGUAUGGUUACAGUACACAAGUAUAUUUGCUUAUUCCAGUGCUAUAUUGGAUACAAUUGUCUAUGGGUUUUGGGGGAAUCGUGCCUACAGGAUACGUAUGAAGAAUUUGUAUGCUCGUCGUGCCUUUUGCAGUUGCGUUGGCUGUGAAUAGCACAUUACAUAUACAUAUAUAUAAAAAUAUAUAUUUCAUGGCAACUAAUAAUGACUUAAUUUUAAAAUAUUAAUGACUUUUUAUUCUCUUUCGAAAUACCAAAGCAGCACAAACUACUUAGAGAUGUCUUAUUUCUUGACUGAAAGGUUAAAAUCAACUAAACUUUUAAAUGAUUAUGGGCCAUGUAAAAAGGACACAUUAAACUAUGGAAUGUUUACUAAAAGUG